GGUAUGAAUAGACAUUAGCUCUUCAGUUCUCACGGUCCAGCCAAAUGGUGAUUCUUUUUGGAUAAGGUCCACACAAGACACUGAAUUCAGCCCUCAGGUUCAUUAGUUUUCUUGUUCAUUCUUCCCAUGGUUUUGCUUCUUUCAUUUCUCUAAUGGCUCCUUCUUCCUCUUCUUCUUCUACUUCUUCUACUUCUUCUUCCACCCAUCAAUGGAAGUAUGAUGUCUUCCUUAGUUUCAGAGGCGAAGACACCCGUAAAAGCUUCACUGAUCAUCUUCACACGGCGCUUUGUCAAAAAGGAAUCAACACUUUCAUGGAUGACCAACUUAGGAGAGGAGAACAAAUAUCUCCAGCGCUCCUUAACGCCAUUGAAGAAUCGAGGUUUUCCAUCAUCAUUUUCUCUGACAACUAUGCUUCUUCCAGUUGGUGUCUGGACGAGCUAGUAAAGAUACUUGACUGCAUCAAAGUUAUGGGACAUAGAGCACUACCAGUUUUCUAUAACUUGAAUCCCUCCCAUGUAAAAAAACAAACAGGGAGUUUUGCAGAGGCAUUUGCAAAGCAUGAACAAGAAUACAGGGAGAAGAUGGAGAAAGUGGUCAAGUGGAGAGAAGCAUUAACUGAAGUAGCCACAAUUUCUGGAUGGGAUUCACGGGAUAGGCAUGAAUCCAAACUUAUUGAGGAAAUUGUUAGAGAUAUUUGGAAUAAAUUGGUUGGCACAUCUCCAAGCUACAUGAAGGGCCUAGUUGGGAUGGAGUCCCGCCUAGAGGCCAUGGAUUCCUUAUUAUCAAUGUUUUCAGAACCGGACCGCAAUCCCACAUCGGCAAGAAAGGGGAACAAGGAGUCAAAUGACUCCUAUAAAAGCCAUCCUCAGCAAAGGCUUAAGAUAGGCUUGUGGGCUCAAAACUUGGGCUCAAAACUCAGCCCACAUAAAGUGGAAUGGGAAAGGAAACCAAAUGCAGGACUUUUUAAUAAAGGAAUCAAUUUUAUGAAGGAUGUGCUCCACUCUAGGAAGGUCCUUAUUAUCCUUGAUGAUGUGGAUCAACGACAACAGUUGGAAGAUUUAGCAGGAUACAAUAAUUGGUUUGGUUUAGGAAGUCGAAUUAUCAUAACAACUAGAGAUCGACAUUUGCUAACUUGUCAAGAAGUGGAUGCAAUAUACGAAGUUAAGGAAUUAGACAAUGAUGAAGCUCUUAAGCUAUUUUGUCUGUAUGCCUUUAGACAUAGGCAUGGUACAGAAGAUUUUAGGCAACUAUGUGGCCAUGCAUUAGAUUAUACUAGUGGCCUCCCGUUAGCCCUUAAAGUCUUGGGUUCUUCUCUAUACACAAAAGGCAUACAUGAAUGGGAGAGUGAAUUGAACAAACUCAAACAAUUCCCCAACAAAGAAGUUCAAAAUGUGCUCAAAACAAGUUUUGAAGGGUUAGAUGACAAUGAACAAAAUAUAUUUCUUGAUAUUGCAUUCUUUUAUAAAGGGCAUGAUAAAGAUUUUGUUGGAGACAUACUAGAUAGUUGUGGUUUCUUCUUUGGCAUUGGGAUAAGAAAUCUUGAAGAUAAGUCACUUAUAACUAUUUCGGAGAAUAAGUUGUGCAUGCAUGAUUUAUUACAAGAAAUGGGUUGGGAAAUUGUUAGACAAAAAUCUGAAGUACCUGGCGAGCGUAGCAGGUUAAGAGUUCAUGAGGACAUCAAUCAUGUACUAACAACAAAUACGGGGACCGAAGCAGUUGAAGGCAUAUUCCUUGAUUUGUCUGAAUCAAAAGAGUUAAACUUUAGUAUUGACGCCUUUACAAAGAUGAAGAGAUUAAGAUUGCUCAAAAUUUGUAAUGUGCAAAUAGAUAGAAGCUUAGGAUAUUUGUCAAAAAAAGAGUUAAUUGCCUAUACUCAUGAUGUUUGGACAGAGAGGAAUUAUUUGUACACUCAAAAUAAAUUGCACCUAUAUGAAGAUUCCAAAUUUCUAUCCAACAACUUAAGAGAUCUCUAUUGGCAUGGAUACCCUUUGAAGUCCUUUCCAUCAAAUUUUCAUCCAGAGAAGCUUGUUGAGCUAAACAUGUGCUUUAGUAGACUUAAACAACUGUGGGAAGGAAAAAAGGGAUUUGAGAAGUUGAAAUCCAUCAAACUUAGCCACUCUCAACAUCUAACCAAAACACCAGACUUCUCUGGAGUGCCAAACCUUAGGAGACUAAUUCUCAAAGGUUGUACAAGUUUGGUCGAGGUUCACCCAUCUAUUGGAGCUCUCAAGAAGCUUAUUUUCCUGAAUUUAGAAGGCUGCAAAAAACUCAAGAGUUUCUCAAGCAGCAUCCAUAUGGAGUCCCUUCAAAUUCUUACUCUCUCUGGCUGCUCAAAACUGAAGAAGUUUCCAGAGGUCCAAGGGAAUAUGGAACAUCUACCAAAUCUUUCUUUAGAAGGGACUGCUAUAAAAGGAUUGCCCUUGUCCAUUGAAAAUCUCACUGGACUUGCUUUGUUAAAUCUGAAAGAGUGCAAAAGCCUUGAGUCACUACCCAGAAGCAUUUUUAAGUUGAAGUCCCUGAAAACUCUCAUUCUUUCAAACUGCACAAGACUCAAGAAGCUUCCAGAGAUCCAGGAAAACAUGGAGAGUUUGAUGGAGCUUUUUCUAGAUGGGAGUGGUAUAAUAGAACUGCCUUCCUCAAUUGGGUGUCUAAAUGGGCUUGUUUUUUUGAAUCUGAAGAAUUGUAAAAAACUUGCAAGUCUUCCGCAAAGCUUUUGUGAGUUGACAUCUCUUGGGACUCUUACUCUCUGUGGUUGCUCAGAGCUGAAGGAAUUGCCAGAUGACUUGGGGAGCCUACAAUGUUUAGCAGAGCUGAAUGCAGAUGGAAGUGGUAUACAAGAGGUUCCACCCUCUAUUACUCUUUUGACAAACCUUCAAAAAUUAUCAUUAGCAGGAUGUAAGGGAGGGGAUUCCAAGUCAAGGAAUAUGGUCUUCUCUUUCCACUCAUCACCAACAGAAGAAUUGCGACUGCCUUCUUUCUCGGGUUUAUACUCCUUGAGAGUGUUAAUUCUACAACGUUGCAACCUAUCGGAAGGAGCAUUGCCCAGUGAUCUUGGGUCCAUACCCUCAUUGGAAAGGUUAGAUCUGAGCAGGAACAGUUUCAUUACCAUACCUGCUAGCCUCAGUGGACUUUCUCGGCUGCGAAGUCUCACAUUAGAAUACUGCAAGAGUCUUCAAUCAUUGCCAGAGCUUCCAUCAAGUGUUGAAAGUUUAAAUGCCCAUAGUUGCACAUCCCUGGAAACCUUCUCAUGUUCAUCAGGUGCAUACACAUCCAAGAAGUUCGGGGACCUCAGAUUUAAUUUCACUAAUUGCUUUAGGCUAGGAGAGAAUCAAGGCAGUGACAUUGUGGGAGCUAUAUUAGAGGGAAUCCAGCUUAUGUCAUCAAUACCAAAAUUUCUGGUGCCAUGGGGGAUCCCUACUCCACACAAUGAAUAUAAUGCUUUGGUUCCUGGAAGUAGAAUUCCAGAGUGGUUCAGGCAUCAGAGUGUAGGGUGUUCUGUAAAUAUAGAGCUGCCUCCACAUUGGUAUAAUACCAAGUUGAUGGGAUUGGCUUUUUGUGCUGCUCUCAAUUUCAAGGGUGCUAUGGAUGGGUACCCCGGUACAGAACCGUCAUCCUUUGGUUUAGUUUGUUAUCUGAAUGAUUGUUUUGUGGAGACUGGCCUGCACUCAUUGUAUACUCCACUUGAAGGAUCCAAAUUUAUUGAGUCAGAUCACACGUUGUUUGAGUAUAUAUCUCUUGCUCGAGAAAGAUGGCGGAUGCAGCUUUCCUUUCGGCACCACGUGGCCGGGAGAUGGAGAUGGCGAUGGAGAUGACUCUAACUACAAAAAAGGUCUUCUGAUGGACCCUUCGGCUCCUUCAAAAUUGGGUUCCUUCUUUCCCCUCCAUCACCUAUGCUCCCCCUAUUUCAAUAAAAAGUUUAAAGAUGGUUCCAGUUGAAGAAGCGCUCGUUCAAUCUCUAUCAUACCUCAUCAUUUGAGAGAUGAAUCUGAGGUUAUUGAAGAAAUUGUUACCAAGAUAUUGAAUGAACCAAUUGAUGCAUCCAUAAGCAGCAUGGAUGAUCUACUUGGGCGUAUAGAGGAUAUGGUUUCAUCGUUAUGUAUUGGUUCUGAUGAUGUUUGGAUUGUAGGAAUUUGGGGCAUGGCCGGCAUAGGUAAGACCACCGUCGCCAAAGUUGUUUACAAUCGAAUCCACAAUAAAUAUGAAGAUUGUUACUUUCUUAAAA